CGCUACUCUACCAAGUGCAUAACAACACGCGCGCAGUACUCCUGGGUUAACUAACGCGACUCGAACGCCAAUAUAAUAAUUAUUGAAAAGCCCGACAACAUGACUACCAGUCCUGAACUUACAAGCAGCCUUUGUACUACAAAUUCCACUCGUUUUGUUCUCUUAACAUAUCCAACUCUAAUAGAUCUUCACGGCCACUGCAAAACGCAUCCCCCUGCUCAGUACAAUUCGCAUGACGAUGUCAGAAAAGCGGAAACAAUACGCAGUCCGAAAUCAUCUCUCUUCUGACAGGCAACUCCCCCCAACCGAGAAAAAGACACCGUCAGCAUUUGCUGCAUUUUUUCGGACAUUCACCUACGCCACAUCGAGUCAUUAUGUUUUGUUGGGAAUUUCGAUCGUAGCCGCAAUUACCGCAGGCGUUGCGCAAGCCAUGGUCAACGUGGUCAUGGGUGAGUUCGUGCGAUUGCUGGGUAGCGUUGGCACCGAGGGCUUCUCUGAUAGCUACAUGAGUGCGGUCAGCACAACUGCUCUUUACUUCGUUUAUAUCGGCAUUGUCAGACUGGCUUCCAUCUAUCUGUAUGGCUCCUUGAUGACCUACGUUGCGUAUCACCUAGUUCGAGCCAUUCAGCACGACUACCUGCAAGCAGCUCUUCGCCAAGAGGUCGGUUUCCAUGAUCAAGGUGUCUCCGGGUCAAUUUCCACCCAAGCAACGGCAAACGGCCUCAUGAUUCAGUCGGGUAUCUCAGAAAAGCUCGGUCUAGUUGUGCAGUCCGUAACCACCUUCGUUGCAGCCUUCGUCAUCGCCUUCGUCGCCCAGUGGAAGCUCACCUUGAUCUUGAUCUGCAUUAUUCCAGCAUCCAUUCUACUCGUUGGUGGAGUCAGUACGUAUGAUACCAUCAACAACCGCGAAGUGUUCAAGGUCUACUCGGACGCUGCGAGCUAUGCUGAGAACAUCCUAAGCGCCAUGCGAACCGUCAAAGCUUUCAAUCUGCAGUCUAGGACGUUAGCAAGGUACAAAAGCUACAUAGAUAUGGCUUUGAAACUCGGAAAUAAGCGUAGCAAGACUUCUGGAAUAAUAUUCGGUGGCCAAUACUUCGUUGUCUUCGCAGGCAUGGGCUUGGCAUUCUGGCAAGGCUUCAGUAUGAUAUCCCGUGGUGAGGCAGAUCUCGGAACUGUUUUUACAGUACUUUUCUCCGUCAUCAUCGCCGCUUCGACAGUUAUGUUGACAGGGCCAAACUUCGUUACCUUCGGGCGUGCUGCGUCUGCGGCGAUUGAUCUAUUCGAGCUCAUGGAUAGGAAGUCUAGAAUUGACUCAUUGGACCCCUCCGGCAUAGAGCCUGCGGCGUUGAUAGGUGAAGUUGAGCUAGAAUAUGUCAGGUUCAAUUACCCGAUGCGCCCUGAUACCAUGGUUCUUCGCGAUUUUUCGCUCAAAAUCCCUGCUGGUAAGGUGACUGCUCUCGUUGGUCCUAGCGGCUCGGGCAAGAGUACUAUCAUCGGUCUUCUUGAGCGAUGGUAUGAUCCAACAUCAGGAAAUAUCAAGAUCGACGGCCAUGUUACCUCAACCUUGAAUCUACGAUGGUUACGAACACACGUUCGACUCGUUCAGCAAGAACCUGUACUCUUCAAUGGCACGGUCUUGGAUAAUAUCAUCCAUGGCCUUGUCGCUACCAAAUGGCAGCACGAGCCUCGACAGAAGCAGAUUCAUCGAGCUGUUGACGCUGCAAAGCUAGCUUUUGCCCACGACUUUAUCAUGCAACUUCCCAAUGGUUACGACACUCGUGUUGGAGAAAGAGGCGGACUACUCUCUGGUGGCCAGAAGCAGAGGGUUGCUAUUGCUCGCAGUUUGAUCUCAGAUCCUCGUAUCCUCCUGCUAGAUGAAGCCACCAGUGCACUUGACCCAACUGCCGAAACCGUCGUCCAGAAGGCGCUCGAUAGUGCUGCACAGAAUCGCACGACAAUCGUCAUCGCACACAAACUUUCAACGGUCUGCAAUGCCGACAACAUCGUGGUCAUGUCCAAAGGCGAAUUAGUUGAGCAAGGCACUCAUGCGGAGCUCCUGAACCGCGGUGGGAUGUAUGCCAAACUCGUACAGGUGCAGAGCCUGUUGCCAGUUCAGAAUCAGCUGCUGAACAUCAGAGAUACACCCUUGGAAGAAAUCGAGAAACAAGACGUUCUCGCUCAAACAGCUGUGUCUCUGGACAGGCCAGAUACCGCCGGCCCACAUGACCACGGCAAGGUUGGCAAGAAAGAAGACUCACAGUCAUCUAGGGAGGUUGGCCUGCUCCGCAGUUGUUGGAAACUAGCAAGAUUGACUCCUGAACUGCGCCGAUGGUACAUUCUGGCAGGAGCUACAUGCGUUGUCGGAGCUGCGGUCAACCCAGGUCAAGCCUUGUUAUUGGCUCAGCUUGUGCAACUCAUGGGGAAUGAUGAUCCUACACCGAAGGCCAAUUUUCUGGCUUUGAUGUUCCUGGUUCUCUCACUAGGCUGCCUGUUGUGCUACUACACUUUGGGCUGGGCCAUGAACGUAAUCGCGAAUACCUUGAGCGCCAGGGUGCGAUCCGGCAUGAUGGAAUGUCUUCUCUACCAGGAUUCAAGGUUUUUCGACUUCCCCGAGAAUACUGUCGGCUCCAUGACUGCUAAGCUCGAUUCUCACCCACAGGCUGUACUCGAGCUGAUGGGUAUCAACAUCUCUUUCUCCGUUAUCUCGAUCGUCAGCGUUGUCGCAUGCUGUAUUCUCUCCCUCGCCACGUCCUGGAAGGUUGGAGUUGUCGGCAUCUUUGUUGGCCUCCCCCCUCUCAUCCUGUCCGGCUGGCUGCGACUGAAGCUGGAGAAGCGUUUGAACACGAUAAUCAACACUUCUUUCAGCCAAAGCGCAUCAAUAGCAUCGGAAGCAGUUCUCGCUAUUCGAACUGUGUCAUCUCUUGCCAUCGAAGAAGAUUUCUUGCAGAGAUAUACCACAGCACUCGAUUCGGCUAUUCACGUAUGCACACCGCAUCUGUUCCAUGUCAUGAUUUGGUUCGCGCUCACUCAAGCCGUCGAGCAAUUCGUUCUUGCACUGGGCUUCUGGUGGGGAUCAAAGCUGGUCACUGCUGGCGAGAUCAGCUUCUAUCAAUUCAUGGUCUCAUUCAUGGCGAUAUUCUUCUCUGGAACCUCCGCGGGAACGCUACUCAGCUUUUCCGGUAGCUUCACUAAAGGUCACCAAGCGGCGAAUUACUUCUUCUGGCUAUCUGAACUGCAACCAGUCAUAACUGAAACGAACGAUAACAGAAGUAUUGCACCAAUGGAGAGCUGCAUGGCAUAUGAACUGAAUGACCUGCAAUUCUCUUAUCCACUUGUGCCAGACAGUCAAGUUUUGAAGGGCGUCUCGAUGACCAUUCGACGUGGUGAAUUCGUGGCAUUUGUAGGCGCAUCAGGAUGCGGCAAGAGUACCAUGAUCGCUCUUCUCGAACGCUUCUACGAUCCGACAAGUGGUAGCAUUAUCGUAGAUUCGCAGCCCCUGCAAACGAUGAGCCCAAGUAGCUAUCGUCGCAACGUUUCGCUCGUUCAACAAGAACCAUCCUUGUUCCCAGGCUCCGUGCGCGAGAACAUCAUGCACGGCGUCGAUGCCGCUGACAUCUCCGCUACAGAAAUCGAGGAAGCUUGUCGAGCGGCCAACGUCUGGGAGUUUGUUUCCUCCCUUCCCGAGGGCCUUGAAACACUUUGCGGUAUCGGCGGCAGCCAGUUCUCCGGUGGUCAGAGGCAGCGCAUCGCCAUUGCCAGAGCUCUGGUCCGCCAGCCGAAAGUCCUUCUUCUAGACGAAGCCACGAGUGCUUUAGACACUGAAUCAGAGCGCGCAGUGCAAGCGGCUUUGAUAGAAGCUGCUUGUGGUGACAGGAUAACAAUUGCCGUCGCCCAUCGUCUAUCGACUGUUCGCGAAGCCCAUCGCAUCUUCGUCUUCUCAGAUGGUCAUAUCGUUGAGGCUGGGACUCAUGAGGAGCUGCUCAAGAAGAACGGCAUGUACUUCAAGAUGUGUCAGGCUCAGAGCUUGGAUCGUGGGAUAUCAACUUAAAGGGAUCUUGAGUUAGUGAGUAUACCAAUAGCCAAGUCAGACACAUGUCUUUCGACAGAGUUCGGUUGCAACCUCCGAUGAGUCAGCGUGUGCGUCGGGAUCAGAAAAGUGCUUUUUUGUGGUCAUAGGCCCAAAACAAACUGCAGCACACAUGCACUAAUCCCAGCAAUCUGAAGUGGGCGGGGACAGAUUGUUCAAUCUUUUUAGACACAUAAAGAUUGUUUGCUCUGGAGCGGAUAUGGAAGAAAUCUCAAAUGCGGUAUACUCCUGAUGAAUAGUGCCCCUAUUGAUGGUAGAUGUAUAUUUACGAGUCGAGACGGCAGUCGCUUUGUAGUAAGAAGCGCUGAUAUGCCAUGAUUCGUCGCCGAGGAGGGUUAAUCGGUAGCCCAUG